AUAAUCGACGAUUAAAGGUAGAGAAAAAGGCAAAGGAAGUAAUUGAUCGGAAUUGAGAAUGGAGACAGUAAUGGAAGAUGUGGAAGAAUACAACUACCGAGAAGUGAGGCUUCCGUCUCUGAUCCCAGUGGUGCCAGAGCCAGAGCUUGAGAGGGAAACAGGGGAAAGGAGAAGAGGAAGGGACAUAGUCAUAGCCAUAGAUCAUGGCCCCAAUAGUAAACACGCCUUUGAUUGGGCUCUCAUACAUCUUUGUAGGCUCGCUGACACUAUCCAUCUCGUUCACGCCGUUUCUGAUGUGAAGAACCAAGUCGUUUAUGACGUAACCCAGAGCCUGAUGGAGAAAUUAGCAGUUGAGGCUUUUGAAGUCGUAAUGGUGAAAACAGUAGCUAGGAUUGUGGAAGGUGAACCAGGAAAAGUAAUUUGCAAGGAAGCAGAGAGGAUCAAACCCGCAGCAGUGGUUAUGGGGAGCAGAGGCAGAAGUUUGAUUCAAAGCGUGCUACAGGGAAGUGUUGGUGAGUACUGCUUUCACCACUGUAAAGCAGCACCAGUUGUUAUUGUUCCUGGAAAAGAUGCGGGAGAUGCCUCAAUCAUCUAAUCCAAUUAUGUUGUAGAAGAUUGUGUUUUGUAUAUCGCCUUUGUUUUGUUUUUUUUUUUUGUAUCUAACUUGGAAUACUAGUGUGAAGAUUGAUUCUAAUUCAUUUGAAAGAAAUAGAGCUU